UCCUCAUCAUCAGCAGCAACACAGCGAGGACCAGCGGGCGAUGACCGGAAGACGAUGACGAUGAACGGACACAACUCGCCACGAGUAGCCUGGGACGAAAGCGCCAUGAAGUCGGAGGCGGAAAAGAUGGCGCCGCCAGGUGGCGCCAUUGAUGAUGAGCGACUGCGCAGCAUGCAGCAGUGGGUGCGGUGGCGCACCGUCGUCAACAACGCUGCCGCCGACAACCUCGUACACAGUAAGGACGGCGUCUGGGACUUCGCCCUGCCGCGCGGGAUCUCGCGACGAACGCGCGACACCAUCGACCACGAGAGGGAGCUGCGGCGGCGUCAGGUGACGGGACUCGCCGAGCAGCCGUACUACAUGUUCGGAAUUCCGCGCGUCAGCCUCCAGGGGGCGCACGACGCGCGAGCUUCGGUCGAAACACCUGAGCAGCUGAGUCAGCGUACGACUCCCGAUAGUUGUCAGAGAAGUUUCAUCACGACCGUGAUGAUCACCAGGGAGGACUGCCCGCCGGAGGUGACGGCGAAACCGAAGAAGGGAGGCAUCCUUAAGAACGGACACAAGAAGAUGUACGCACAGGAGGGGAGCGUGCCUGAAGACGGGUUGCGCUCUGAUGGCUACCUCGUGCCUAGCAGACAACCGGCGCACCUUUACACCCCGGACCAGCAUCCGCACGCGUGCCCCGCGCACGGUUACCGGCUGCCUGUCCCGACAAGGUUUCAAGAUAGCUAUGAAACUCAGGCGGCGGACCGCAUUAGCAGCACAGAAACCGCAAGACCUGCAAUCAACUACGGCGUUGGACAUGGCUAUAGGCCCCGCAACGCCGACGUUUGUCUGCAUGAAUACGCAGAGCCUAUCCACGCUGGAAUGCCGGCCAACGGAUACGGCCAACAAGAUGUAAUUACAGUUCUAAACGAUGCUGAACCGCUAGACGCUGACGAUGCUCGUCGCAACACAUCCGAACUGGAAACGCGCGACAGUUACUGGGAUGAUUACGAUAGCCAGUCUGAAACUGUGGUCGUCAAUGGCCACGUGCCAAAACAGAACAAUCGAAUCCAAAAUGGUCACAGCGGCGCGAUCGCAGAUGCAACCGUGACCAGCCACGAACCGCGCGACCCUCACGCAGUUACAAAUGGCACGAGUCCAUCGUACAGAGAGCUCGAGUGGCCAAAUACCACUCACUCACGGGGUGACUGCGACGACGAGAUGUCCGGACCACUCGAAAUCAACACGAUUGUUAUCGGGCACGAAAUGCCGACGACGGGCGAGGCGAGUGCAGACGAAUGUGCGGCGAAUGGCGGACACGGGCGACGCGCGGAGUUCGAGGAGAGAGCGCAGACGAUCGAGAUCAGUUCCGAGUCAGGCGACAACGGCUACAGCACAGAGAACGGCUACGACUCACAGACGACCGACGUUAUCGGAGGUGCAGCGCGGGCGAGCCGACGCGAUAUGGGUACGCAGACGACGGACAGAUCACGUGCUAAGAGCCUCGACGCACGCGCCACCUCGGCUGGCUUACUUCGUAGCAUGAGUCCCGAGAACGAGCGUCCUCUAUCGGCGAUCAUAAGAAACAGAGGUCGAGCGAUGAGCGCCGAUAGAACUCCCGUGGUUCACCUAGCCGGCACGAGAGGGCGCUCGGUGUCACCGAGGCGAUUUCGUACGGUGGCACUGGAGCGGAGCGAGCAUGACGGAGCGGAGUCGGUAGUAUACGAUGUUCCUAAACCUCGGCGGAGUGUUCCGGCCCUACAGCGGUGGCCGAGCAUGGGAAGCAAGAAGGUCGUCAAGCCUGUAGAAACAGUUCACCAACCAAAUGCCCAUCACACGGCAACGAAGAAGAAGAAAAAGAAAGGCUUCCUCAGUGCGCUCACUCAAUCUCACAAGAAGAAAAAGAAACCAUCGUAGACGAGUGACAUGUGAAACAGUAUAAAGCGACAUAUUUCUCGCGUCGCUAUGAGAAUCUCAAUCCACACAUUUAGUUAUUAGCUUGGCGAGAAAUAAAAGAUUUUGUCGUUGAAAUAUAUAAUGUAGAGAGAGAGAGAGAGAGAGAGAGA